GAACAGUGUGGACGAUCGGCUUGAUCGACGACAAAGUGGAGCAGUCGAGCGGAGCGCUCGAUCUUCGCGAGAAUCUGUGAGAGCCGGCAACACCGCAAAGUGCACCUCAUGCAGAGCGAAGAGCCCCAGGAUGGCGACAGGUUUGAGCCCCAGUUCAUCCAGGGAGACGACGGGCAGACCUACGAGGUCCUCGACGAGUACGAGCUCGAUCGAGAUGCAAUGGACGCGGACGAAGAUGACGAAGCAGAUGAACUGCCGGAAGACGGGCAACAGACAGACGAGCCUCCUCAAGAACUGCCUGAGGACACCGCGGUGCUCCACUUUGGCGGUCACGGUGCAGAGGCUUCAGUGUUUGCGCUUGCACGACAUCCUACGCUCGAAUUGGCCGUCUCUGGUGGCUCAGACGACAUUGGGUUUGUCUUCAGGACAGACAACAGCGAACUUGUUACCGUUCUUGACAAGCACGAUGAUAGUAUCAUCGCUGCAAGCUGGAGCACAGACGGCGAGUUGCUCGCCACAGCCGGCAUGGACGGAAUAGUCAGAGUUUACAAAGCUACGUCUGCUGCUGCAGCAGAAUCGCCGCCUACGUGGUCACCCUACAAGCGUCUAGAAGGUCCAGAUGAGAUCAUGUGGAUUGCAUGGAACCCCGAGCCCAAGCUCUCAAAGUUCUUAGCGGCGGGCAGCAACGAUGGCUCAGUAUGGUGCUGGCCAAUAUCGAACAAAGACGUAUCGCCCUUUGUACUCUCAUCUCACAUCGCCCCGGUCACUUGUGGCUCAUGGGCUCCAGACGGGAGACGGCUGCUCACGGGUGACGGUGAAUCGGCACUAUGCUUGUGGAACCCAUCAGUACCGACACCGGUCCUCAAGCUCACGGGUGUAGACGUGCGGUUCCUCCUGGAGGGCGGCAUUUCUGCGCUCUGCUUGAAUUCUGCCGGCACAUUGGCCCUCGUCGGCGGCGUCGAUGGUGGUCUCAAGAUUGUCAACCUGACUUCAGGGACUCUGAUUGCCACACUGCAAGAAGCAGAGUCUGCGAAGGCGCCGCCGGCCAGUACUGCCCCAGCGGAUGCUGCGAUGGAGACCGAAGAACUCAAAGGGUACAGCAUAGAGUGCGUCGGAUACCUAGACGGUUAUGGCUCGGGAGGCGCAGGAGGUCUGUGGUACUCUGCCGGCAGUGAUGGGUACCUGCGCGUCUGGGAAGCUUCGACCGGUGCUUUACGGUGGCGAGGCGAUCACAAGCCUGCAAUAUCAACCGUAGCACAUCACGCUGGCACGCCCUACCUCACAACAGGAUCAACCUCGGCGAGUCUGAAAACCUGGGACGUCCGGACGGGUCAGCUGGUCAACGAAUCCACAGGGCAUACGGAUGUCAUUCAUGUCUGCGUCGCUCUGCCUCACGGACGCAUUCUCAGCGGGGGUGACGAUGGCAUUGUCCGGAUCCAUCAGCUCUCGCAGUAGACCCCGAACCGGCCGCCCAUGUUGUUGUAGGCUCCUGCAGCGAUGUUACAACAAGCAUAUCCUGCGUCCGGAUCAAGCAGUCGGCUUGCCUAGCCACCGCUCGCCAAAUCUAGCUCUGCAUCGUCAGCAAGACCCACUCGUCAA